CAGUGGAAAUGCAGCUAGUGCAAAAAGACGCAAAUUAACUUUGAUACUGCGGUAUCUACUCGUACUCGUGCGAGGAGGGGCAUAUGGUUACUGUUUUGAAGUUUCCGCUGCGGCUGUUCGCAUUCCAAAUUUAUGCCGCAGCAAGGGUGCGCUCUCUGGCCAUGACGUCGUCCGCCCCGACUCUGCUUGAAAUCCGAAGACCCGAAAGCUUGCGAGGAUUCAGGUACUCACUCAAUCCUUCCAGAAGCCAUUUGUGGCCACUCCUUUGCCGACGCCUCAUCGCGAGCUUAGCUUGUCUAGUUCUAUCGCGGUCAUUGUGAGGCAUGCAUGCUAUCGCCUGCAUGUACCAAUCCUGAGCUAGGUUAUCUCGGAUUGGCUAGCAUCCCAAAAUUACAGUUGUCAUGAAUUUUGAAUUUGAAACAGAUUUGUCAGCGGGCCACACAGGGAAGG